GAAAUCCGUGCUACUGAAAAGGCUAACUGGAGCAGGGCCGGGUGUGGACGCGGAGGUCAACACCGCCUUCAGCCCCUGCGGGGACCCGGCGGCAGCAGGGAGUAACCGGCUGCUCCAGCAGGCCGCGCUGUGGGACUCCGGAACCAGCGGCGCGUCCUGCAGUCGCGGAAGCAAUCUCCGGGUUUGUUCAAGGACGGGGUCGCUGCCCGGGGGUUUAUCCUGGGACCCAGCAGCGCAGACGUGUCAUCCUUCUACAGACAGGGCACUCGGUAAGGGCCCUGCGGGGACGGGUGCCCUCAGCCCUCGUGGGGCUGCCGUCCUGGGGCGGGAAGGGCAGGUGAACCCUUCCCUCCUCUGGUGCCCCGAGGAGAAUCGCCGGGACUCCAGAGAUGCCGCGCGGGCAGAAACUGCGCUAACUGGGAAACGACAGAGGAGCCGAGUAAUCCAAACAGCUUCAGUGCGAGCGGAGCCCCUGGAGAUGCCGUGGUUCUUGAUCAGAGGUUCGCUUCAGAGUCACCCUGGGAGCAAAAUUAGCAUCCCUGGCCGGCGCCCCUGCUCGCUGGGGGGCGGUCCGGGUGAGCUGCGGAGUCUGUGUCCUCAGCCUCCAGGGCGAUCCCGCGAGGGCUCCUGGCAGCUCUGCAAAGGUACCCGCCGUGGUGUCAUCCUUGGCCCUCAGUUAGUGCAGAAGACACAUCACAACUAG